AUGAGUUGCAGCGACAGCAGCUCCUCGGGCUCCAGGCUGCGGGACCAGACCAGCGACACCAUUGUCCUUGGCGCCUCAUCUCCUUCGGAGCCUGAGGAAACUUACAAUCAGUCGGCAGUUCCAGUCACUCGGGAGCAGCUGAACCACUACCGAGAUGUGGCUGAGAAUGUGCAAAGUGAACUCGCAGCAACUCUGGUCAAGUUGGAUCGUGCGCAGACUGAGCUGCGAGAACUUCGAUCCAAGAUGCUUUCUAAAGAAGUUUCCUGUCAAGAGUUGAAAGCUGAAAUGGAGAGCUAUAAAGAAAACAAUGCCAGGAAGUCAUCUCUUCUCACCUCGUUGAGAGACAGAGUUCAGGAGCUAGAAGGGGAAGUGGCAGCACUCACUACUUCAAAAAUCAGAAUAGAAAUCACAGCUCACGCUGCUGUCAAGGAGAACCAGGUGCUGAAGAAGAAAGUCAUAGAAUUAGAAGAAAAAUUACAGAAAUGUUUAAAGGAAAAGGAAGAGAAUAAGAUCAAAGUCUCAGAGACUUGCAGAAAACAGGAAGACUUUCUCUCUCAACUUCAUGACUGCUUGGAACUGGAUAUGAAGAAUGGCAAAGCAUCAGAGGAAGAUUUGAUUUUAAAGCUUCGAGCGCUGUGCAAGGAAAACGCAUCAGCGAGAGGACAGCUUGUCACACUUGAAGAGACCGUGAACGUCCAUGAGAUGGAGGCAAAGGCCAGCCGAGAGACCAUCCUGCGGCUGGCCGAGGACGUGAACAGGCAGCAGGAGCAGGCGGCCUCGUGCCUGGCCGAGAAGGCCCAGCUGAGCCAGGACUUGCUCAGGGCUGUUGAAGCAAAAGACACACUUGAGAAGGAAGCUAAGGUCUUCCAAGAAAGACUGCUUGCUGGCCAGCGGGUCUGGGAUGCCUUGAAGCAGGAGAUGAACCACCUGAAGAAAAGCUCUUCUGAGCUGGAGAAGAGUUUGAAGGCCAGUCUGGACAAAGCCGCAGCCUCGCAAAGCCAGUAUGACUCAUUCAGACAGGAGAUCACAGGCCUCCUUCAGGGCAGCUGGGGCGUGACCGGGGCCACGGAAGCUGCCAUUCUGGAGAGGAUUCGAGACAUGAGUGCCCAGGAAGAGAAGAGGAAAAAGAUGGUCUCCCAGCUUGAAGCCCAAAUAGCUAAGCUUGUUGAACAGUUGGGGAAGGAGACCAAACUGCACCAGAAGGCUCUCCAGAGAGCCCAGAAGGCAGAGACGAAGCUGGAGGUGCUUCAGGGUCAGCUGGCACACCUGGAAGGGGAGCUGGUUUCUGGAGAUUUUUUGCGAGACAACUUGAAUUUUGAAAAACAAAAAUAUCUUAAAUUUCUGGACCAGCUUUCAGAGAAGAUGAAGCUGGACCAGAUGGCCGCCGAGCUUGGCUUUGACAUGCGUCUGGAUGUGGUUUUAGCUCGCACAGAGCAGCUGGUCCGACUCGAGAGCCACGCAGUCAUUGAAAACAAGACGAUCGCCUACAAUUUACAGAGAAAGCUAAAGACCCAGAAAGAACGGCUGGAAAGCAAAGAACUGCACAUGGCGCUGCUCCGGCAGAAGAUAGCGCAGCUGCAGGAGGAGAAGCAGGUGCGCACGGCCUUGGCGGUGGAGAGGGACGAGGCCACCGUCACCAUCAGGAAGUUGGAGAAGAAGGUGGAGAGACUGCAGAAGGAGCUGAGUGCGAGCAGAGAGGCCAACAUGGAGCUCAAGGCUAAACUCGCCGACACCAAUGAGCUCAAGAUUAAAACUUUGGAGCAGACCAAAACCAUUGAAGACCUUGGCAAGUCCAGGGACAAACUGGAGAAGCUGAAGGAGAAAGCGGAGAAGCAGCUCCUAUCAGUGAGGGCAGAGCUUGACAGCAGCGAGCAUGAGGCGAAGGAGCACAAGGAGAGGGCCCGGAGCAUGAUGGACGUGGUCGCCAGUGAGGUGAAGACGCUAAGGAAAUCUCUGGAAGAGGCGGAAAAGAGAGAAAAGCAGCUGACGGACUUCAAGGAAGUGGUUUCCCAGAUGCUGGGCUUGAAGGUGACCAGUCUCGCGCUUCCUGACUACGAGAUCAUCAAGUGUCUCGAGAGGCUGAUCCACUCGCAGCAGCACCACCUUGUCACCUGCGCCUGCCUCAAAGGCAUGAUAGCUGGGCGAGACAGGCACCCGCAGGAGGCCCUGAAACCUCUUCACUGA